AUGGAGACCCUGAAAGACAUAUUCAAGUUCUUGUCAAAGACGGAUAAGAGGCUACUGUAUUGCAUAAAAGCUGAUCCACAUUGUUUAAAUUUCUUAUGCAAUUUUGGAAAGAAGGAAAGUGUAAAAGAAGCCAGUGUUCACAUACAGUUGGAAGGCCGGCCAGCUGUCUUUGAAGUGGAUGAGACUUCGGCACUCGAGUUUGAAAUAAGAACAGUAGCCUUUCCAGAGCCAAAUCCAAAAGUUAUCGAAUUAAAUAAGGAUGAGAAUGUUGCAUAUGUUCUACUAGAAGGACUGCCUCAUCAAAGAUCCAAACGUCUCUUCACUCUGCUGAUUAUUUCAAAUAGCUUGCUACUUGGACUUAUUGUACUUUUAUUGAUUUUGUAUGUUAUGUGGAAGUCUGGCUUCUUUAAAAAGAAAUCUGUCUUGCAAGAAGAAAAUAGAAGACGCAGUUGCAGUUAUGUGAAUAGUAAAAGCAAUAAUGAUGAUCGAAGACUUCUUUCAAAUUGA